AUGAUUCGUAAUUCAUCCCGAGGCUCCAGCCUCCACCUGGCUGUACCCCUCAACCCCUCCGAUCGCCCGUCGCCUCGCGACAGCUCAAUGUCGCAUCCGCUGUCGCAUCCCUCAUCGCAGAGCCCACGGUCGUCGCAGAACCCAUGGUCGUCGCUGCACCAUCGUGCGCGAGCCGUCGUCACGAGCAGAACCGAUUGGUUGCUGGUCUUCGCCUUGCUCCUGGUCAACAUCGCUCUCUCCCGCUACUUGCCUCCCUAUCAGCGCUUCAUCCCCCCUGAAACCCUACACUCUCCACGUUAUCCCGUAGUUGACAAUCCAGGGGCAGCCUUUUUCACGACUGCCUCGCUUCUGGCUCCCCUCCUUGUGUUCGUGAAGGUGCUGCUCCCUCAGCCAAACCUGCUCGACCUGCACAUACUCGGGCUGGUCUAUUCCGUGCAAAUCACUUGGCUAGCUGCCACUCUCCUGCAAUGCGCCAUUGGCCGGCCUCGACCCAGCUUCCUCUCAGCCUGCUUGCAAGGCAGCGAACCUGUGGUUUCCCCUUCAGCAGGUGUCACAUGUGUGCCACCUCCUGCAUACCUUUACUAUUACCGCAAGAGCUUCCCCUCAGCACACGCAGCAGUCAGUUUCUCAGCUGCCGUUUUCCUCCUCCUCUUCCUCUCCCGAACCAUCCAACAAUCCUUUCCCCAGCGGCCCUCCCACUCCAACUCACCAAGCCUCCACUCCUCCUCUCACCCCUCUCAUCGCUCCAAUCACUCUCAGCACCGCACUCAGUCCCACCAGGAGUGCAAUCAACCCCUCCAAAAUCCCCAGCAACCACACCAGGCCCCCGACCAUACACAUGAGAAUGCAACAUCCUCUUCACAACCAUUUCUGAUCGCAACACCCUUACCAAUCGCCUAUGGGGUUUUGGCGAGCACCAAUCAGCCCCUUGCUGCCCGCCUACGGGACUCUCUCCACGCAAGCCACCUCUGGCGCGUGCCAGCUGUCGCGUGGCCAUUGGCCCUCGCGGCCGGUGCAGGGCUUGCUGACCUGGACACGUACAGCAACGCGCCGGGGGACAUUCUUGCUGGCGUUGCUCUAGGAACGCUCGUGGCAGUAAUUUUGUACUGGAGGGUCUUUCCCCCUCCUCGCUGUGGCCUUGAGUCAAGGGUAUUCCCAGGGCUGGGUUUUGAGCCACUCAGGGACGGCUCUCCCCCACCCGAACCUCCCUCUGCUGACACCCGUCUUGAAGUUCUCGUGCCUGCUGCCUUUGCCACUACAGCACUAGCUACAGCACCUGCUACUGCAGCAGCUGUAGCAGCAGCAGCCGGGGACACAGCAAGAGGCACAAGAGGCGCAUCAGCAGAUAAUUUAAGUGGGAAGGAAGGCUAG